UCUGCGCGCGAAGCAGAUCGCAAAGCGGUUACGGUCGUGCGUACUCAGUUCUAUAAUGUCUAAAGACUGUCCUCGACUGAGUAGACUGGGAGUUCUCGCUCCAGCCGCCCUCUCAGCUUGCAUGGAUGCCUCGGUUUUGGCAGUACCAGCUGCAGGGGCCAUUGUGUCCACAGUCCUUAAGGAACUUAGCAAGGCAUUUAUGUUAAAAAAAUGGUUUCAUGGUGUAAUGUCUACAAAAGAUGCUGAGAAUCUCAUCAUGGAGAAGGGCAGAAAUGGAUCAUUUCUUGUAAGGGAAUCUCAAACGCAUCCGGGAGAGUACGUUCUCACAGUGAGGGUGCGAGGUAGAGUCAGGCACGUUAUGAUACGUCGACACCAAAAUAAAUACGAUGUGGGCAGUGGUGAGCAGUUCGAUGACUUGGUCGGAUUAAUUGAGCACUUCCGAUCAUAUCCUAUGAUAGAAAAUUCUGGAGACGUGCUUCGUUUGCUUCAACCUGUAUCAGGGACCUGUCUGAGAGCUCAAGAUAUUAAUCGAAAAGUGCAGGAGAUGAACGACAUACAAAAGACAGACAAUAAGUCUGGCUUCGAUAGUGAGUUCCUUUCUUUCAAGAUUUUUGACGAAGUUAUUGGACUUUCGCUGAACGAAGGCAUGAAAGAUGAAAAUAUUAAGAAAAAUCGAUACAGGAAUAUUUUACCUUAUGACCAAACGCGGGUGGUACUUCGCAAACGCAUUGGUCGUUCGAUGAACACAGAUUACAUAAAUGCAAACUACAUUCGUCCAUCAAGAUUGGGAAGUUACUCGAAUUCCGUGCAGUCAUCGAAUGAGAGCCUCGACAGUGUGCACUCUUUAAUACUAAGAAGUGAACCAAAAGAGAUGGUACCAUUGAUUACGAAAUCUCUAUCAGAAGACACACUCAGGGAAGUAAAAAGAUGUAUAAAGCUGGACAAGUUUAACGGAAAUUUAUACAGAAACUUAGUUAACGAUAAAAUAUAUAUUGCAACGCAGGGGUGUCUCUCAAACACAAUAGACGAUUUCUGGCAAAUGAUAUGGCAAGAUAAUGUACGAGUUAUUGCUAUGAUUACAAAAGAAGUUGAGAAUGGAAAGAGAAAGUGUGAACGAUACUGGCCGGACCUUAAUCUUAAAGAAACACACGAUGAUCUUACUGUUUCCUCCACUUCAGAGUCAUUCCAUGAGGACUAUAUAAUAAGGGAGUUUAUUGUCAGCGACAAAAUUUCUACCAGGACUAUCUAUCAGUAUCAAUUUACAACAUGGCCUGACCAUGGCACACCACCAGAUCCCCACGGUAUACUAGGAUUUAUUGAAAAAAUUAACAGAAAAAUGUGUGAAAUUACUCAAGAAGAUGAUGCUCCAGAAAAGAAUAUUUUGUGCGUUCACUGCUCGGCGGGCGUGGGCAGAACGGGAACAUUUAUUGUAAUAGAUACGCUGAUUGACACAAUUAAAAUUUCAGGAUUUAAUUGUGAAAUAGAUGCGUAUAAUGCAGUGAAAUCACUUCGUAUGCAGAGACCGGGCAUGGUUCAAAAUAAACGCCAGUACAGAUUUAUUUAUUUGGCCCUCCAAAGUUAUAUUGACAACAAAAAUGUUAAGUUAAAAAAGAAAGUAACUAUAGAGGCGUAACCGUAAAUACACACAGACAUCCAAUAACAUACACAUAAAGUAAAAUUUUGUACAAAUUAUUUAUAAAUUUCUAUAUUAAUAUAUGAAUUAAGUUCUGAAUUUGUUUUUGAUUGCACCCUCUUAUCGAGUGUCGAAUUAGUAAAGAUAUCCAUAUCUUUAUCUGUGUGAUUGCUUCAUUCUUUGGUCGGAAAGGUAAAUUCACGACAGUUGUUCUAGAAGAUGGAAGGACAGACUGCAGACAAUUAUCUUGGAAAAAAGUCCCUGAUGAGGAAAGUCGCCCUUCACCACCAUAAUGCUCCAACCAACUCCGCAAAACGGACUGUUGAUUAUUUGAUUUGACUAUGGCAGGUGUCGUGAUAAUGAGUCCUCUGCCAUACAGUCCUGACCUGGCACCUUCCGACUUUCAUUUAUUACCAAGAACCAAAGAUAAAUUUCAAGAUAUUCGCUUUACGAGUCCUGAGGAGCGGUGAAAGUGUACCAAAAUGCAAUAGAAGAGACCCCUAAGGAAUAAUGGGCCCACUGCAUUUCUCAGUGUUUCCAUCGAAUGCGACGAUAUGUAGAGGGGAACGGAGAGUACUUCGAAAAAUAAUAAAAGUAUUAGAAACUUUCUACAUUAA